GGCGUUUACUACUGGAAACACAGGACUCACCGGUGGCAUACAGCGACAAGCUCUUCAGCAAAAAACAAGCCUCAAGAUUCCGCUCUGGAUAUUAUAGGACACCUAUCCGCUUGGAUGUGCAAUAUGACUUUUGAAGAAAAUAGUGGAGACAACUCAACAGAAAGGAUGGAAUCGGUGGCUAAAGCCUUAGAGGAGGUCCUGAGCUCUGCAUUGCCUCAGGGUUGCAUCACUGUCGGAGUCUACGAGGCGGCAAAGUCACUCAAUGCGGACCCAGACAAUGUGGUGCUGUGUCUACUGGCCACCGACGACGAGGAAGACGUGGCUCUGCAGAUUCACUUCACCUUGAUUCAGGCAUUCUGCUGUGAGAAUGACAUCAACAUCCUGCGGGUGAGCAACAUGAGGCGCCUGGCAGAAAUACUUGGUGGCGUGAAACCUGGAGGGGAGCCAAUGGACCUGCACUGUGUUCUUGUUACUAACCCUCAGUCGUCCCUGUGGAAGGACCCUGCACUGAGCAAAGUGAACAGAUUCUGCAGAGACAGUCGUUGUUUGGAUCAGUGGGUGCCUGUUAUCAACCUUCCCGACCGAUGAAACUGCGUGGAAUAUUAAUGUAUUGUGUACAUUGGAGGAAAAAGUUACUGCACAAGGCCUGUGUUAAUGUCUGUGUUGGACUCGUUUGGAAAGCACCCCAGAGAGAGAGAGUGAGAGAGAGACAGAGGGACAGAGAGAAAGAGCACAAGGAAGAGAGACACUCACCAAGACAAGAAAUUUACCAGGCCGGGGUGAACUUGUGGACGGAGGAAGAAUGACUCAGCACUCUGGGUUCCAGGAUUUCCAACGUAUGACUGCGCCUUUCUCUGCCGAGAAAGAUUCCUUCAGAGGAAACUGAAUCAUGUGAGCACACGUGGUAGUGCGCACAAGUGUCGGGACUGGGGAAGAGCAGACAAGAGAAUGCCUCAGUUGACAAGACUCCAAGAAAUGGGCCACGAUGCUGUGGACCUCUCAGCUUGAAGAAUUCCUCAUCGAAAUUUGACCAAAUCUGCGCAUUUCUUUAACAGCACAUCUAUUUAAUAGUAUUUAAGACAUGUCACUUUGAUAACUCAAAAGGGAAAGUUUUCAUUUUGUUAAUAUUAUUUUAAGGGCAUUGCAAUGUCUAGACUUGUCCACUAACUGAUAUUUUUAUGUGUUAUUAAUUUAAUGAUUUAUAUUUAUUGUGGAUAGUUCACAGGACUCUGCCUUGUUAAGUUGAAUGGAAAUAAACAACUCAGCUGUU